CUAGUGGCAAUCAUCCCGAACUUGGAACUGCAGGAGCCUCCUUGACAUGAUGGAUACCAUAUAUUCCGCACUUCGGAUCCGUGGGCGUUCUCAACCGUCUACUUCAACUCCCUCUUCGACCGCCAGACAGCCACGGGAGUCGUUGCGCUCCGCAGGACCGUCCUCCUCCCACCAAGCCUCUGCGACCCGACGCCACACCGCCUCCAGCUCGUCCGCUCAUCCCACUAGCAAUGCUUUUGCAGCCCGACCCGCCCAACGAAAGCGCGAAUCUGUCCCGCGCAGACCACCCGACGGAGGCAUCGCGCUCUCCGAGCACUCCACGCCCACGGUGCGCAACAGCUACUGGUUCUGCUCCGACUUCAUGACCGGCGCGGGCAUGGUCGUCCUUCAGCCCGCGACGGGCAAGGUCCUCUUGCUGUACGAUCCCCGAGGCAACGGCUGGUUCCUCCCGAAGGGCCGCAAAGACGUGGGCGAGAGCCUCGAGCAGACGGCGCUCAGAGAGGCGUACGAGGAGUCUGGCUACCAAGUCGAUUUUCUGCCACUGUACCUACCAACGAACGCGCCCAUUCCCCCGGCUGAGCGUGUGCACGGCACUCUCCCAUCUACGGAGCCAUUCUAUAUCUCGACUCACGCAUGGGGGCCCCGGAAUCGACAACUCCCCGAGGGCCAGGUCUGGGCCGGGGACCGUGGCGGGGAAUACCUCACAUUCUGGUACAUCGGGCAGAUAUCUGCGGAUGCUGUGCAUCAGGCGGACACGGGCAUGCCGGACGAGAAGGAGUACCAGAGCCACCUGCUCGAGGUCGACGACGCAUCUGAGAGGCUGUGCCAGUGUGGGCUGGACCAAUAUGCGGUGAUGUUGCGCAUGGCGUAUAAACUGUGGUUGCAGACGAAGGCACACAUGGAGCAGAUGGCUGCUGCUGCUGCUGAGCAACAAGAGACGAGAACGGAGGUCGAGUAAUCGCGUAUGGUUCGGGGCAUCUACAAAAAAGGAUCGCAUGAACAUCCAGUAUACCUCGUUGUCACAGGAAGGUGUUAAGCUCGGGAGUGUCGUGCUCUCGGGC